GUGCUGCCGGGGCAGUCACGGUGCGGGCACUCAUGUGGCUGCUGACCUCGCUCCUGUGCCUCUCGCUCCUCCUGGCACAUGGCUACCAAAAAGAAAUAAUUGGCAUCAUGGGAGAAAAUUUUACUUUUCCAGUACAAAUAGACCAAAAAAUAGUGGAAAUUGUCUGGAAGAAAAACAAGCAUAAAGUGGCUGAAUGGGAAGAUGAAAACAAAACAACAUAUUAUGGCAGUAGGAAUGUACUUAUGAAGAAUGGAUCCUUGACUAUAGUUAACUUGGAGAAGGAUGACGCUGGCACAUAUGAGUUAGUGUACUGGAAUUCUGUGGAAGAACACAGCUUAAACUUUGAACUUGUUGUGUUAGAUUCUCUUCCAAAACCUGAAAUAAAUUGCAGCACCAGUGAUGAUGAACUUGUAUUAAACUGUACAGCAAAUUUUCAGGCAUCUCUGAAUUACACUUGGGAGCUCAGUAACAAUCCACACAGAUAUCGGAACCAGGAGCUUUCUGUCCCUUUGAAGAAUGUUGAUAUUACCUCCAAUGCUAAAUGUAUCAUUAAAUAUUCACAAACAGAAAGGAGCUCUGAAAUCUCUUUGAUUCAAUGCCUUCCAGAAGAAAAAGGUGCUGAACAUGGAAAUAGUCUUAUUUUCCUCCUUUUUGUACCUAUUAUCCUAAUUGUUGUAAUCCCAGGAUUCCUGUGGUGGAAAGGUAAAAUUAAACUUGGAAGAAGGACUGCUCAGAAUAAUAGUCCAGUGAAUGGCUCAGGAAUGCAUGAGCAAUUUAACCCUUGUAACCGUCAACAACAAUCUAACUCAGAGAGAGACAGAGCAUUGGAUGGGAAUGAGGAGGGCCUGAAAGACAAGCUGAUAGUUGAGAAUGGUGUAAAUCAGGAAGACAGAGCAUUGGAUGGGAAUGAGGAGGGCCUGAAAGACAAGCUGAUAGUUGAGAAUGGUGUAAAUCAGGAAGAAGUGCCCCAGGAUGCAGAAGGUGAAAAUGGGGGGCACCCAGACAACUCCUCCAGCUGCACUAAAGGAGAUCUUGAAGCAUAAGGAAAUAAUUGAUUUGUUGCCCAAACAAACAUGGAAGACAAGCAGUAGAAUUCAGUGAUGAAGGAGGUGCUACCUUUUCCCUUCCACAAGCAAUGAAGUUGUCAGACCUUCAUCAAGAAGCCCUUUGAAGACAGGCUGAACUGUUUCCAGUGCCUAUUUUUCUUUCCUCAGGAAAAACAGCCUCCUUUUCUAGUGUUACUAUGUGAAGACAAAUAGGCCAAAUCAUGUACAAAAUCUUUUUUAAUUGUUUUGUAUAUGGUUUUUUUGUAUAUGGGGUUUUUUUUACUAACACACUAAAGCCUCUUUGUCAUUAAUAUUUAGAGAUUUACAAAGUUUUAUAUGUGUGCAUGAAUGCGAACAAAUCAAAAACUGAUCAGCUUUCACUUUUUUAUCAGUACCUUUUUACAGUCAGAAGAAAAACUUCAUCCUUCAGCAGGCCCACAUGGUGGAAGUUUGCAUUUUCUAGUCUUGGUUCUAGACAAAGCUAUGUCCUAGAUUUGCCAGAUGCCUGGCAAAUGGAUCAUCUCCUGACAGUGGUUCAUUCUGGGAUAAAACCACAUUUCAGCUUGUUUUUGCACUGUAACAAAGCUGUUAUUAACAGGAGGUUUGGUCUUUUUCUAAAGCUUUUUAUAUUUUUUGAACUUUUAGGACUUUUUAAGCCUUUGCUCUUCAUAUUUUUUGAAGAAUGUCAUCUCACUUCUACUCAUUCCUAGGAAAUAAUAGUAUGUUUUAAAGUUGCUUGAGACUAGAACAAAAACUUGAAAACUGAGGUAGUGUAUAUAAUGAAAUUUAAAAAGAAUCAAAAAGAAAACCACCAUGCAUUAAUGCUUUCAGAACAUCAAGCUAUGGAGUGCUUUUCAUUAUGUUUACAUGCUGACUGUUUAUGAAAGUUGAAAGCCAGUUCAGUUCAUUUUGAACAUGGCAUGUGUGAAGAAUCAUGAAGGUUUGACACUGGUAACCAAAGAUCAGAAGACACUGGUAACAUUCAGCUUUCCCCUUGUUUUGACUUUUGCCCUUUCCACUCCCACAAUUUUUUCUUCUAUUUGCAGCUGCAUGAGUGUACAGCUUGUAUACUGUACACUGUGCAAACACUCAAAAGUCACUUUUGGUAGAACCUUCUCAUCUACUCCCUGUAAAUAUUUGUAAUUUAUUAAAAAAAAUAUUCAAGAUGUAAAAACUUUGUCAUGUCUUUUUGUAAAUGUACAUACAUUUUUUAUUUAACCUUAGAAAUUACUAACUGAUCCCCAAAAUAAUCUUAACCAAAGUGAUGUAUUUUAUACAGGUUUUUUAUUUGAUUGUUUGGUGCUGUGCUUUGGGGGGGUCAGUAUUCCUGACCCAAGUGUCCUU